GGAUAAUCUGCAGAGGAAGCAUAUACCAGUGGAGUUGGAAUGCCCUGUGUGUGGCUCUGAUAUGGAAUCUGUGGCACACUGUCUUUUGUUUUGCUCCGUCGCUCGAGCGGUGUGGCAUGGAAGCCCCCUCAGUCUUCGAGUUUCAGAGUUCCCCUCUAGCUCUUUUGCAGACUUCUUUGAUGCUAUGUGUACUGAACUGGGAAAGGAGCAGUUGGAGCUUCUAUGUAUUUUAAGCUGGAGGACUUGGAGCUCUCGAAAUGAGGCUCAUUGGAAUGGCAGAAGGGCACACCCUCAACAAAUUAUUGAAGGAGGCGUGAAUUACUUGAUGAAUUAUCAGCGAGCGCAGCAAUCAAUGGGGCGGGGAUCUGGAGUUGUCCAAAUGCAUGGCGAGACGAAGUGGAAGCCUCCUGACGAACAGACCAUCAAGAUCAAUGUCGAUGGCGCAGUAGCAGAACAACGUAGGGUGUUUGGUAUGGGUGCAGUGGCUCGGGAUCAUUGCGGAGAAGUUCUGGCAACCAUGGCCUGUCAGGGGCGGGACGUUGCAGCUGCAGAAAUCGUAGAAGCAUGUAGUAUCCGGCGUGCAAUGCAGUGGGCUCAAGAGUUAAAUCUUGGGAGAAUUAUUAUUGAGACGGAUUGUGCCAGUAUUGUAACUGCACUGUCGAACAAUGUUGCCUUAAAUUCAGACCUGGGAAAUGUCUUAUCAGAUUGUAAGCUAUUGAUGUCCUCUUUCCUGCACUGCCGAGUCAAACAUGUGCGUCGGACUGGUAAUGCUGUGGCUCAUGAGUUAGCUAAGAGAGCACUACGGGCUGAGGGAGAUGAGUUUUUCAGAAAUGAGAUGCCAGAUUACCUUGCGCCUUUUGUAUCUAGGGAUAAGCUGUCAAUGUGAUUUUCUGUAAUACUCCCUGGUAUUAUAUUUUUCAAUAAAACAGGCGCCUAUUU